AUGCCACGCUGGUGUCUUAUUGAGAGUGACCCGGCGGUAUUCACGGAACUCGUUGAGCGCUUCGGCACGCGCGGAGUGGCGGUGGAGGAACUCAUCGCACUCGAGCCGGACGCACUGCGGGGCCACACCGCCGUCUACGGACUCAUUCUUCUCUUCCGUUGGGCUCCACAGAUGAAAUCUCAACAAGAACAAGAAUCCCAAUCACAGCAACAGACAUCAGAUGGCGCCGUGGUUCCAGACGCACCCGUGUAUUUUGCACAACAGACAGUGAAUAACGCCUGCGCCACACUCGCCCUCAUAAACACGUUAUUGAACUACAGUGAUCGCAUUGAUCUUGGAGACACACUAAGCAAUUUUCUCAGUUUCACAAGGGAAAUGAAUCCUUAUCUUCGUGGGACGCAAGUUGGACAUUGUGAAGUAUUACGUGAUGCCCAUAAUUCUUUUGCUCCCGCCUGUAUUUUCGAGUUAGAUGCCGAAAAACCAGAUGCCUCUGAUGUGUACCACUUUGUUUCUUUUAUAUAUAAGAAUGGAGCUAUUUGGGAACUUGAUGGAUUACAAGAGGGUCCUAUUCUUGCUGGUGACGCCACAGAUGAAAACUACAAGGAGAAACUUAUAGAAGUGGUACAAAAACGUAUUAUUGACAAGAGUGCUGCAGAUCAAUCAAGAACCGGUCGUGGUAUCUCCUUUUCUCUUAUGGCUGUUGUAGAUGAUCGAUUACUGCAACUGGAGAAGGAAAUUAAGGAGGCAAAGGAACGCGAAGCCCCAACGAUGUAUCUUGAAGAACAACUCGAGCAACUCCGCGCACAGCGUGAAAAGGGACGGGUGGAAAAUCAGCGUCGCCGUCAUAAUUACGUAGGCAUGAUAGUGGAAUUACUCAGGGCCUUGGCAGAAAAAGGCAAGUUGAAGGAUAUUAUAGAUGAGGUGGUAAGUAAAAAACAAGCUGCAGCAAAUAGUAACUAA